GAUGUCCAUUUCCUAGAAAUGUAGGGCCAGGAAAUAUGUGUGAAUGUGUCUAUAUAUACACACACACGAUUAGAUCCAGGAGAAGACAGAAUCUACGCUACCAUCGUGUCUGCUUUGGCCAGAGAAAGACAAUUUUCAGACGAUUUUGAGUGAAGUUUCUCAUGGUAGAUCUCAUGGACGGAAGUCAAGCCACUGACAUGUUUCUCCCGGCCUUUUCAAAUGAUGCCCUGCACAAAGAACUUUGGCAUGCCUGUGCUGGUCCCUUUGUUUCAGUACCACAAGAAGGGGAACGUGUUUAUUACUUCCCUCAAGGCCACAUAGAACAGCUUGAGGCAUCUAUGAGUCAGGGAUUAGAUCAGCAACUUCCUGAUUUCAACUUACCCAGUAAAAUCCUAUGUAAAGUGAUCCAUGUUCGACUCCGGGCUGAAGUGGAUACCGACGAGGUGUAUGCUCAAAUAACUCUUCUUCCUGAACAAGAUCAAAAUGAGAUUACAACUCCAGAUCCCGCGGUACCUGAACCCCAACGAUGCUCCGUCAAUUCAUUUUGCAAGACUCUUACUGCAUCUGAUAGCAGCACCCAUGGGGGCCUUUCUGUUUUACGAAGACAUGCUAUUGAUUGUUUGCCGCCAUUGGAUAUGACUCAACAUCCACCCUGGCAGGACUUGGUAGCCACAGAUCUCCAUAACAAUAAAUGGGUGUUCCGCCAUAUUUUCCGAGGUCACCCAAGGCGCCACUUACUAACUACUGGAUGGAGUGCUUUUGUUAAUACAAAAAAUUUAGUUGCAGGAGAUGCUGUAAUCUUCAUAAGAGGAAAUGGCGAACUUCGAGUUGGAGUUAGGAGGCUUGCAAAACAGCUCAAGUCUAUGCCAUGUUCUGAUAUAUCGAAUCAGACUAUGCUUUUGGGGGUUCUUGCAACCGCAAAACAUGCUGUCUCCACCAAAACCAUCUUUUCAGUUUUUUAUAAACCAAGGAUGAGUAGAUCAGAAUUCAUAGUAAGUUUGAACAAGUAUCUCCAAACUCAAAAUAGGCGGCUUCCUGUCGGCACAAGGUUUAAGAUGAGAUUUGAGGGCAAAGAGUUUCUUCAAAGAAGGUUCAGAGGGACAAUCAUUGGCGUCGGGGAUACAUCUUCCCUGUGGCCUGAUUCAGAGUGGAGAUCAUUAAAGGUCCUGUGGGACACACCUUGCGCAGCACUGCAUCCAUACAGUGUAUCGCCAUGGGAGAUAGAGCCGCUUGCAGCUGGAGCUCCUCCAAACUCAUGGACUCAACAAGGAAAGAAGCGUGCAUCACCGGACGAACAAUCUUUGCACAGUUCCGGGUAUCCUUCAGUCCAAUCACCACCACCAUUUUUGUACAACGAUUCUUCUUCAAUCAGUCGCAACCACCUCCAUCAAACGCCAGAGAUAUGUUUGAGCACUACGAAUUUGCUUCUGGAUUCGAGCAAUCGUGCAUUGGAAGCUGCUUCCGAGUCUACUUCUCCUGUUAGUAAAAAAAGGCGGGUGAAUCGCUGCAGGCUGUUCGGUGUUGAUUUAGUUAACUGCCAAACAGAGGAAGGUGAGGAAUCUCUAGCUUCCCAAGAUUCUGACUCUGGAGAACAUUACGAGUCAUCGUUGGAUUAUUACAAUGUUUCGAAUAUUCCUUCCCAGAGUGAUACUGAGCAGGGCCGUCUCUGGGCCCGGGCGACCGUCCAGGGCCUAAUUUAAAUUGUAGCCCAUUAUUUAUUUAUGUUAUAUAUAAAUUAUUUGACAUUAAUAUAUUAAUACAAAAGUAUUGC